AUGCCACCGUAAGCACCUCCACCUAAAAAAUUAACCAAGAAAGAAUUGAAAGAAAAGGCAGAAUAGGAGAAAAGGGAGAGAGAAGAGUAAGAAAGACUAAGAAAAGAAGAAGAAGAAAAAUAAAGAUAAAAGUAAGAAAGAUUAAGAAAACUAGAAGAAGAAAGAUUGGCAGCAGAAGAAAAAGCAAGAUUAUAAGAAGAGGAGAUAGAAAAUGAAGUUUAAAAGAGUGUAUUUAAGGAAAAUUUAGAAAAUGCAAAAAAAGUAAAUGAUAAUAAAAUCUUUAGGUUUCCAGAGCAAAUGAUGAUUGGGAUAAAUUUUUGAAUUGUUCAACGAAUCCAGACAUUACUUAAGAAGCUUAACUAACUACUUUCAUCACAAUCUUUAAAGAAUCAAAACCCUUAUAAGAUCUUAAAAUUCCAGAAGAAUUACAAAAAUUAUAAUAGGCAGAAAACAUUGUUCGAGAUAUAUAUAGAUUUUUAACAUAAUUAAAGGCUGAAAGAAAAUUUAUUCAAAAUAAUUAACAUCAACAAUAACCAAUUAAUUAGAAUGAUAUAGUCACUAGAAAUUAAUCAUAUAUCAAUUAAAUUAGGGAAAUUAUACAUAAAAAAAUAGAGGAAAUUAAUACACAAAUGGUAUUGUAUGCGGAAUAUUUUAUAGAAGUAAAUGCCUUUAAAUAUUAUCAUAGGAAAAAUUUGCAGAAUUAACUAAGAAAGCCAAUGAAGGGGCUAAAGGAGCAUUUAAAAUUGAUGACAAAACAAAAUAAGAAGUUAUAAAAACAUUUUCACCUACUGAAGAUUUCAAAUAUGGUAUAUUCAUAUAUCCUUCUAAUAAACCAUCUGGUUAUAGACAUAAACCGAAUGAUUAUCCUGAAUUAUAAUUGGCUGUUGAUGUACCAAGAUCAAUUUCUAUAUUUAUACAGAAAAUUCUAUAUAUCUCUUUUGAUAGUUAUAGUCCAAAUACAUAUAGUAAAUAUAGAAUAGUUGGAGGUGUUUUAGAUAUUGAAUAUUUGUAAAUGUUACCCCCUCCUAAGAAAGUCAAUAAUUGGACACUUAGAUCAAAUUAUGAAUUAAAAGAAUAAGUUAAACGUUUAAAUUUUGAAUUAAAUGCCACUUUUAAAGUUUCUUAUUAAUUACCCUCUUACAUUUGGAUUCCAAACAAAGAAAAUCAAAAACUUUGGAGAGUUGCUUUUUUUGAUAGAAAUAGUGAAUAAUGGAUAACAGAUGGAGUUGAAGAUGCUAAAUUAGAUAAAGGAGUAAAUAUUGUAGCUAGUGUCCCUAAAGUUGGACCAAUAGGAUUAUUAUAAGAAAGAUGCUUAGAUUAUCCCUAUAAAAGUUUUAAGCUUAGAUGUGUAGGAAAUGAAAAGGCAAUUUUAGAUAUUCAAGGACUUAGAGAUUUAUUUAAAUUUGAAAUCGGACCUGGUUAUAUUUAAUUACUUAAAAAGGAUCCUGUAUUAAUUUUUCUAUAUUAUUCAGGAGUUUUCUCAUUUUGCAAAUAAAAAAUUAUCAGUUGGAGCAUUAUUUUAUGAAUUAUAUAGAAGUGGAGUAAAUUUUAUGCCUGUUUAAGAAGAUUGUUAAGCAGCUAACAUAGUACAAAAAGACGAGGCAGCAGAGGAAUUAGCUUUAAUAGAUUUAUCUGAAGCAGUCAGAGGAUUCUUCAUUGAGUCUAGCAGAUGGAACAAUAGUGAUACAGGUUAAUAGAUAAUUGCUAAAAUAAAGGAGAAUCCUGAAUUUGAUGAAGUAUAAUGAAUUUAAUUUAGGAAUUUGCUGAAAAUUAAGAAAAAGAUUGGAAAACUAUUAAAUGGUGGAACAAUAAAUGCGCUAUUAUUUAGGCUAGAGAUUCUCAUUCAAAUUGUAAUUAGAAACUUUUACCUGAUACAGAAACUCAUUGUAAAUUAGAAGUAUUAUUGAAAAUGCAUUCGUUGACAACAUAAGAUAUUAUUUCUAAAAUGAAAGUAACAUUAUUAAUUAAUUUUAGGAUCUACAUUAUGUAAUAUUUAUAGAAACUAUUUAAUAAGUUUUAAGAAUAACUAAAUUAUUAUCAUUUACCAUAAAAGAUUGA